UAGUACCAAGUGGCAAUGAAAACUCCUGCUGUGUUUUGUUCACAAUGUUGCAGGUAAGUAUUUCUGGAGAUGACCCACGCGAACGUCGGACAUGAAAUCGAUGUUUUCGCCGCCUGGAAUGCUCGCCAGAACUGUUGGCAAGACCGAAACGCAGCCAGCACACUUCUUUUCGCCAUAUUCACCGUCUCAACCACUGAACCAGCCACUCUUCAAACCCAGCGUGUAAUUCGAUUUCUUGACACCAGCACUCAUCGAUGAAUCGUCCUUCAACACUGGAAGAGUUCCUCGCUCUUGGCUGUACUGUGCUGUCUGACCAAGUCUGCAGCGCAAGCUGCCGCGUUGGAAACUACCAUGGCGUCUACACACGCGGCAGCGAUACUGCUGUUCGUUCCUUCGAAUGUAUCGCUGUAUGAAGUGAAGUGAUUUGCGACGUAUGUCGAUGUAGACGUUCUAUUCAUCCAUUGCUAGUAGCUAGGCCACAUAUUCAGGACAACAACGGCGCUCGCGCACUUGUCGAUAAGGACAUUUCGUUCACGUCGUGGAUUGGCCAUCGGCAACGAACAGAGAGUGAGAGGGUGUUAGCAUUUCCGAUGCUUCAUUUUGUAGUUUUUGAGCGGAGCGUGACGGCUGAGGUUAGAGUUCGUCGCGUUCGGCAAAUGUCGGGAGAUCGAGGCGGACAGAAAUAGCCAGAAAUCCCCGCUUGCUCCGGCACCAUCUUCGGCGAGGCGUGAGAACUCCAUCUGUCUUCUACUCGUAGAUCUGCUCCUGCUUCAGCUACUCCGAUCCUGCGUUAUUCAAGAUUCUCAAACGGAUAUCAGCAGACCCGCUUCUGACAAGUCGUCCGGCAGAAAACCGGUCUCGGUAGAACCCGGAACCGACGCUCCGUGAAGGUGGAUCGAACCGGAACCAGUCCACUCCGAGCUCGUGAGGAGUCCAGGCGAUUUGGUGAGUGAUGAAGAAGGAAUGUAGCGAGCCUGGGGGCAAAUCCUGCACAUGCUCAAGAGAUCAAGGGAACGAACUCGCCUCAGGGAUCGUGCGAAUAGUUCACCGUUCCCCACGUGUGCAGCUUCAAUGCCAACGGCAAUGGUGUGUGCGUACUGCCCUGGAUAGAUUGACAGGCAUGGCUGGAUUAGUCCUGCUAGUAGUAGCCCUGUUUCUGGCGAAUUGUGGAUGUGAGUCUGCACCAGCGCAAGAAUCGCCAGCAGUGGGGACAAGCCGGGAGCAAGACGCUUUGGGCUUCUUGCUAAGUCAAGGAGCUAACCUGACGGAUGUGCAUCGACAGCAAUACGGACCAUACUUUCGCUUCAACACCACCAUCACGUACAACACUACCAGGAUAUUCAACUCAACCGGAAAGUUCUUUAUCAUCUACAACAACACGAUGCGCUAUGUCAAUCCUGGCAGCAAUGUUCCAAACUUCCCGAAUGUCCCUCCACCGGAAACACGCGUAUGGACGUACAAUGUGAUGGUCACUUACCCACCACUAGUCGGACCACUACGUACACCUCCGCCAUUGCAUAGCACUGUGCAAAUUCCACCUGGUAGCAACAGCCCUGUUGCCACUGUGCAGGAAGAGCUGACAACCACAGCGGCGGUUACAGAAGAAAGGACAACUGAGCCCCUGCCCACAUCAGAGGCCAUAGAAGCUACAGAAAUACCAGACACUACAGAAACCAUGGCAGUUGAACUAGAAACAACAGCAGCUGCCCUAACAACAGUAGCAGCAACCUCCCCUACAACGACAAGACCAGUAGCAGCAGCACUGGUAAAAGGCAACCAAUGCUGGCUGAGAGAAACUUCCAGGAGAGACAUAGUUGAUGUGUACAACAGAGUGCGUACAAUCCCCAGCUACGACUGUGGUGAAGUGGAGAUUGGCACUGAGGAACAUUCCCUGCUGACUCAGCAACAUGAUCUACGAAAGAACACAAUUUGCGCAUUAGACGAGCACUGUCAAGUCAAUGAGAAGAUCCAGGACCUAUUCCUGUCCAAAGGUGGAGUUGAAAACACCUUAACAGCAAGCGGGUGCGGCUGUCGAAAUCGGGAAAGUCCGUGCCAGCGUCGCUCACUCAUAGAGCGCCACUACCCAGGGACAGCGCUGGAGUCUGCCGUCGAUGUGGGUGCUUGCCACGGUGUGUGUUCAAAGACUGGAGAGGCAUGUCAGGCUAUUGAAGAGACGUCAGUGACAAUACCUUCACCAGCAGGCCAAACAUGCGUGAAGAACAUCACAGCAUGCGGCUGUGCUGGCUCGUGUGUGUUCCAGCGGCAGAGAGAGGUCUACAGAGAACUGAAAUUGAGACCAGAUGGUAAUGGGACUUACGUCGUUGAUAAGGUUGUCCAAACUGGUAUCUGUGUUGGCACAUGCACUCCUCGCUAUUGGCGAUCGUUCAGGACUCGCUGUGUACCGGAUUGGCAUUCCUACGAAGACUGGUUUGUUGGCCAUCAUGGAAAGCUGCUCAAAGCGCAAAUAGUCACCGGGUGCAUUUGCCAAUGAUGGGAAGUGCAUCAGCAGCUUGGAAGAGAGAGAGAGAGAGAGAGAGAGAGAGAGAGAGAGAGAGAGAGAGAGAGAGAGAGAGAGAGAGAGAGGAAGAGAGAGAGACAGAGAGACAGAGACAGAGGAGGGAGGGAGAGCCGGAUUCGUGUAUGUGAGAGAGAUAAAACAAUUCGGUGCAUUUUUAAAGCUUUGCUACGCCGAUUGACUUGCACACUCUACCAGAGGCUGGCUUCAGCCCUCAGAUGAUCUAUCCACUGUACAUACUUGUAGUAGAAACCAAGCACCUCUCUAAACACUGCAGUCUUGCAAGCAGGGUUGAGAAUGUCUGGUUCAAGGUGCAAAACCUUUUUGAUUGUGAGUGUUCAAAUGCAAAUUAUUUGAGUUCUGGACUGGCACCUGUCAUGUAUUUCGACUCAAUGGAGUGCAAACUUGGUAGACAGCCAGAUUAUUCUAACUCAAUGUCACCAUUUCUCAUGCAUUUUCCCGCCCUGUAAUGGCGGCUCUUUGUGUGACUACUUACUUGUUGUUGCCAUGGUUUGCUUUAACACCUCGCCAUGCCAAAUCGUUUUGGUCACUGGCUUCUUUGCACC